UAGAAAAGAAGAAGGAGAGCUGCUAUGAAUCAUCGGGCUUAGUUGGCUGGCUAGCUAGCUAGGUAAGCAAAGCAGCUACACUGUUUAGCUAAGCUGGAAUGUGGCGCAACGUCCCUUGUCUGAACUGUGUUUGUGAAACAUUUUGAAUAGCGACGAUGAACUGAUUUUCGUCAAGUUGAUCCACAGUUCGUUUUGACUAUCGGUCAUCGGAUCUGGACCUCUUACUCGAACGAAGUGACGGACCCUAACUAGUUUUAACCAGCUGCUAUUUUGCUAACUUUGAUGUUAGCAAGUAGCCUGUACGCGUAAAUGCUUUACACGAGAAUGGACCUGUUGAACUAUCAGUUCCUGGACAAAAUGAACAACAAUAUCGGGAGACUACACUACGAAGCUGAAUCUUCUCUGACAGGUGAGUCCAGGAUGCCCUCGCUGCCCUCUGCAAUGACCAACAUGAGGACCGGUCCUCCCCCCAUCUGCCCCAGCAAAAGGAAGUAUGGCGAGGAGCAAGUGGAUGACCGCAUUGACUGUGACAAUGACCACAUGACCAAAAUGAGCAGACUGUUUGCUGCUCAACUGGGACGGCCUGCCGGUGGAGACAACCGCAGCGAUCCUUGGAGCCUCGGACACAACCCUGUAGAGCACAUCACUUCCUCCUCCAAUGGUCUCCAUGACAACCACUUAUAUGCCUCCAUCCCCUCCUAUGGCUUGGACCAGCCCCUGGCUCUGACUAAAAACAGCCUGGACUCUGGACUGUGUGGCGCAGAGAGGCCUGCCAUGCCCGGCCCUGUCGACAGACCACAGAAUCGGCCCUCUGUGAUCACCUGUGCUCCUGCAAGCAAUCGCAAUUGCUACCGGUCUCACUGCCACAAGUCUCACAGCCCCAGCCCACCCAUCGAUCAGAGGAAGGCCAAUGCUAACACUGCCGUCGACCCUGUAAUCGAGGAGCACUUCCGCCGCAGCCUGGGGAAGAACUACAAGGAGCCCGAGCCCGUCUCCAACUCUGUGUCCAUCACAGGCUCGGUGGAUGAUCACUUUGCCAAGGCCUUGGGGAAGACCUGGCUCCAGAUCAAGGCCAAGGGGCCAGGGGGAGGCCCCCACAGUCCAGAGGCCAACUCCUGAAAGAUYGGCUGAGCCUCCCUCACUGUUGAGUGGUGAAACACAAUCACUUCUUUUGUCUGUGGCAUCAGAUAAGGGCACAGAUUGACCUCCCUAUACCAUUCAUUGUCGAGCUUGACAUCCCUGAGCUCAGAACAACGGUGACAACCAUGCUAAACAAGACGAUCAGUUUGAAUACUGUAUUAUACACCAAGACUGGCUUUUUACGGACCUUGGCUUCUUCCUGCUCCUAUUAAAUGACUGACUCAGAUCUGGGAAGAUUUGAUACAUUGUUCAGUUAGGGCAGUUUUGGAUUGAGUCCAAGUGUGUAAAUUCUUCCUUUUUGAAGGSAGAAAUAUCAAUUUGAGGAGCCCUCUAGGACCAGUAUUAGUCAGCCCUGAUGUCAUCUUUGAGUUCUCUUGAUUAUUAAAAAAAAACAAUUUUUAACACUUAACCCUGACAGAGAUUCCCAAAACGAUCAAAUAAUGUAAGCCUUUGAGAAGGUGGACUGUUCUGUCUUAACUCCCUCAUGCCUUCUUUAUUAGCCAAAGAACUCACCUGCCACUUCAAACAAAAAGCCAUAGUCUGGUUAGCCCCUCUUCUGUCUCCAUCAUCCUGCCAUCUCCUUUAACUCUCCACUAACCCUGUGUUUGACUGUGUUUUUACUUGGAAAGGAAGGCCGGCUCUGAUUUGUACUAUUAUGUGUUAGAUUGGGGUAGGGCUAACGGCAUACCUGUUUCAUUUGGAGCAUACCAUUUUUGGGGGGAUUAUUCAUAUAUAUUUUUUUUUACGAUACUAACUGUGGUAAUGCAAUUAAGGCUCGGGCCUCCCUCCGGUCCCAAUGUUUCUCUCUUUUUCUCUCCCACUAUUCUGAACUGGACUCACUUUCUUAUUUGUGGACUUUACAUUUUUUUUUUUUUAUCCUUUUUGUUCUCCUAAUACUCACUGUGGUUAAUUUCAUAGAUACAGUUAGUAAUAAGGAUAGUAUUCUGCUUACCGAGAUGCAUGUUUCAAAUAGCUGGUAUCUAUUAUAAGCCUUGUUAUUCUAUACUAUUUACCAUCAGAAUUUAUUUUUGUCAGUAACCGUUUUAGAAAUAUUCACUGCUGGUACAGUCGUACUAAAAUAUAUUUUUUUGUAUCUGGUUUUCAUUAGAAUAUAUAUACACACACAAGCAUCCAUCUACAAAACGCAGCCUCUGGCAAGGUUGUCUYGCUGCAGUAUAAUAGGCUCGAUUGCGUUGUUAUUCUGUGUUACUGGAUGCUAUGACUGAAUACAGUAAACAUUGAACAUCUGUAGGCAA